AUGGCGGCACCAGGAGGAAAGUUCUUCAUUGAGGAUAAAUUGGACAUACCAGCCAAACACCACGAGUCGUUUGAACAGCUAUGGGAGACGAAAUGGAAGAAGCCGGCUGAAAUGGGCGUAUACCCCUUCAUGUUCGGCACCGCCUCCGACUUCGAGCCCAUCGUCGCCGAAAUGGUCAAGAACAACAUGCGUGAGCCCUACGACUGGGACGCCUACGCGCGUACAUUCUUUCCCCAAGCCGAACACCUCGCCUCCAUCGCCCGCACUGCCGAAGCAAACGGCGAGACAGAAAAGGCCUCAGAAUACUACCUCCGCUCCAGCGCCGUCUACCGCAUCGCACGCUUCCCCGCCCCACGCAGCCCCGUCCAACGCGAAGCCUGGGCCAAAGGAAAAGAAGUCUGCCUCAAAGGCCUCUCCAUGCGCGAGCAUCCCGUUCACGAAAUCCUCAUCCCCCACACGCACCGCAAUGAAUCAGAUGGCGCCCACAUCCCCAUCUACCACCUCGCUCCCUCCACCGCCUCCCCUACCUCCCCCGCCCCACUCCUUAUCAUCUUCACAGGCCUAGACGGCUACCGCACCGAACUCGCCGUCUGGAUGGAAGGCUUCCGGCGCAACGGAAUCGCUUCCCUGGUGCUCGAAAUCCCAGGCACAGGCGACUGUCCCGCAGACGCCUCGGACCCCACCUCGCCCGACCGCCUCUACUCCUCCCUGCUCGACUGGGUAUCCCAGCAGUCGUCGCUCGACGCCGCAAAGACUGCCAUCUGGGCAUUCAGCACCGGCGGCUACUACGCCAUACGCGUCGCACACACGCACGCCGCCCGCCUCGCCGGCGUCGUCGCCCUCGGCGGCGGAUGCCACCACAUGUUCGACAGGGCAUGGCUCGACAGGGUAAAUCAUCUCGAGUACCCCUUCGAUCUCGCAGAUACACUCGCUCACAAGUUCGGGUACGGCACCGAUGUGCCCCGCUUCAAAGAGGAAGCGAGCGAGAAGUUCUCCCUGCUCAAGGAUGGCACGCUGGAUGCGAAGCAGUGUGCGAGGUUGUUGCUGGUGAAUGGCACCGAGGAUGAGAUUUUCCCCAUUGAUGAUUAUUAUCUUGCGCUGCAGAGGGGGGAGCCCAAGGAGGUCAGGUUUGUGAGUGGGGUCAAGCAUAUGGGGGAGCCCGAGAGCUUUGGGGUGAUUAUGAGGUGGUUGUAUAAGCUGUGGGGGGUUGAGGCGGAUAUUGGGGCGCAGAUGGGGACGUUGAUGUUUAAGCCCAAGUAUUAG